AUGUGCCCUAGUUGUAAGAAGAGUUUCAAAGCCGUGGAGGUGGAUGAUGGUAAGAAAGGGUAUACAAAAGUGGAGGUUGAUGAAACGGAAAACAUUGAUACUAGUGAAAGUGAUAAGGUCUCAACUCGAAGCGAAUCGAAGAGGAAAAUGAGUAGUGUUGGAGAGAUCAUGAAGAGGUCUGAGCAAUCAAAAAAGAUUGAAAGGUCAAAAACGGAAGAUGGUGGUAAGCAUUCAAGAGUUGUGAAUAAUACAUUGAAGGAGAAGGGGAAGAGAAAGAAUGACAGUGAUGAAGAAGAAAUGAUGACAUUAGCUCAAAUGCAGAAAUUAGUGAAAACAAAUGUGAACGAUGGUAAAUCGAAAGUAAAUAAGGUACAAAGAAGUGGAUCAAAGAGGGAAAAUUCAAGAAACGAGACAAAGGGAGAAGAGAAGAACCAGGAUCUUGAGAUAAUGACAGUAGAAGACUCAGACUUUUAUGAUUUUGAUAAAGGAAGAGUAGAAAAGAGUUUCAAGAAAGGACAAAUAUGGGGUUUAUAUGAUGAUGAUGAUGGAAUGCCAAGGCAUUAUGGUUUAAUUAAUGAAGUGGUGUCAACACAUCCAUUUGAGGUGGACAUGUCUUGGUUGGACCCCCAAGGCAAUGGUGAUGAAGGGUUAGUUAAUUUGGAAAGGACUGGAUUUCAUGUAUCUUGUGGAAGGUUUAAGGUUUCCAAGAAAACUUUAGUUAGAUCACUUAAUGUGUUUUCACAUAUUGUGGAUUGUGAAAGAGCAGCAAGAGAGGUUUACAGGAUUUAUCCUAAGAAGGGUUCAGUGUGGGCACUUUAUAAUGAGACAAAAGAUAAAAGAUGUUAUGAUAUAGUUGUGUUUUUGACAAGUUAUAGUGAGGUACAUGGAUUGAGCAUGGGGUACCUUGAAAAGGUGAAUGGGUUUAAAACAAUUUUCAGGAGAAGAGAGAUUGGGUUUCGUGCUAUCAGAUGGCUUGAAAAACAUGAUGCUCGGUUGUUUUCACAUCAGAUUCCAGCAAGGAAGCUUUCUGGGGAAGAGGUGAAAGAUCUUUCAGGAGAUUGUUGGGAGUUAGAUCCUGCCUCACUUCCUACUGAUUUACUCACUAUUGGUUGA